GAGAGCUGGUUCUCCUGCUGAUGACAGUACUCUCUCUGCAGUCCUAAGGUCAUGCUUCCCCAGUUAGGUAAAAACUUUCUGGUCCGCAUUCGGCUCAACUGGCGACCACUUUUCCAGAACCGGACCCUGCUGCUCACAAACACGCUGAGUGCAGGGGGUAUGCUGGCACUGGGGGACAUUGUGCAGCAGACCUGGGAGAACUUCAAGAAGCCAGGCAGAGUCCGAGACUGGAGGAGGACAGGUAAAAUGUUGACAUUUGGCUGCUCCUUGGGCCCGGUGCAGCAUGGCUGGUACAUCUGGCUGGAUGGAUUGUUCGUGGGUAAUACUCUCAAAGCGGUGGGCAAGAAGGUUCUGGUGGACAUGCUGGUUGGUGCACCAGUUGUGGGAAUAGUCUUUUUUAUGGGUUUAGGUCUCAUGGAGGGACACACUUUAUCUGAAGGAUGGACGGAAUUUAGGGAGAAGUUCUGGGAAUUUUAUACGGCGGAGUGCACUGUUUGGCCUGCUGCUCAGAUGUUCAACUUCUACUUCCUCUCACUCCAGUACCGUGUGGUGUUCAUCAACUUUAUUAGCCUAGGGUGGGACACCUACCUGUCCUACCUGAAGCACAGAGUUGACAGCCCCCCCACUGAGCUGGUAUCAGACAGCAGUGCUGUAGAUGUACAGCAAGAAAUGCUCCCACCGCCCAAACCUCUGAAGGAAAAAGCUUAGAGACGGAGUUCUUGCUCAACUGUGAAGUCCCUCAUCAAGACAAAAGAACAUUUUGCUUUUUUAUCUGUUAACAAACGUCUUUUUGCCUCUGCAUAAUUUUGCAAAAGUGUUAUAACUGAUGGUGUUUUUCCUCCGACAAACCGUUCCAUUCGAGUUUCUGUCUCAACUCUGAGGAGUUGUGGAUAUUUAAGUGGGAGUGCUGGAACACUUUUCCCAUCAUGUCUGUAGAGUUUUAAUGUGUCUCUGUCCAGUUUUUUCUGUUUAUUUAUAUCUGAAUGAUGUUCACACUCAGGGAUGAAAAGCUGUCUCACUGCCUGUCAUGUUAAUGAUGGUGCUGGUUUUCUUUUUAUCACAUUCUGAGUGCGUGUAACUGCUGCAUUAACAAGACCUUCAGCAAGGCACUUCAAUGUAAGCCCCAGUAGAUGAGUGUUUGUAGAGUAAAGCUUGCAUCGUUGUUGGCUUUGAGGUUUUCAAAGAACUGUGAAUGUUGAUGAAUUACAUUUGUUUUAUUGUUUUUUGUUUGUUUGUUUUUUGAAUGACAUGAAAAUCUGUUAAGUAUGUGAUGACUUUCAUUUAAUACCUUGUAUCCUAAUUAUGCAUUGUGUUUGAUCAAAAACAUGCAGUUGUCAUCAGUUUUCCCCACAACAAUAAAGUUUGGACAAGCAGAU